CGUAACAGCUCUGACCUGAUCGUCCACCAGAGGAUCCACACUGGGGAACGGCCCUAUGAGUGUGGGGAAUGUGGAAAGACCUUCAGCAUCAGCUCCUACCUGAUCCUCCACCAGAGGACCCACACUGAUGAAUGGUCCUAUAAAUGUGGAGAAUGUGGGAAAGGCUUCAGGAGCAGUGUCCACCUGAACCGCCACCAGAUGAUCCACACUGGGAUACAACCUUAUGUGUGUGGGGAAUGUGGGAAGGGCUUCUGUGACAGCUCUCGCCUGAUCAUCCACCAGACAAUUCACACUGGGGAAAGGCCCUACAGGUGCUCACAAUGUGGGAAGAGCUUUAGCCGGAGCUCCUGCCUGACUGUCCACCAGAGGAUCCACACGGGGGAGCGGCCCUAUGAGUGCGGGGAAUGUGGGAAGAGCUUCAGCCAGAGCUGCAACCUGAUUGCCCACCAGCGGAUCCACACUGGGGAGAAGCACUAUGAGUGUCCUGAGUGUGGGGAAAGGUUUCAGAGCAGAUACCGUCUCCUCAAGCAUCAGCAGAUUCACACAGAAUAGAGGCCCUUCCGCUGCCCCAACUGCAGGAGGGGCUUUAAGAGAAACUCCAACCUCAUCACCCACCAUCAGAUCCACGCUGGGAAGAGGCCCUAACAGUGUCCCAAGUGUGGGAAGAGCUUCUCCUAGAACUCUGCCAUGACCCAACACUAAGGGAGGCAUCAGUAAGGGAAGGCCUACAAGUACCCCGUGUGCGGGAAGAGCUUUGAGCGCUGCUCCAACUCCAUCUCCCACUGGAGGACCCCCACUGGAUGGUCCACAGUGACAUUUGGUGAUCCAUGGUCCUGGUGAUCCCUGUUAGAAAGAUACCUGGCUGGUGGUCUGCACAUCUUCCUGGCUCCCCUUGGACACUUGGACGCAGCCAGAGAAAAAUGGAUUGGGUUGCAACCUGACAACAGAAUUUCAUAGGGGACAGCAGUUUUUUACUUUCGACCCCAGAAAAGUCUCACCUUUUGCAUCCAGUCAUUUCUUCGGGUUGCAUCAAGGAUGGUGUUGGUGGAGGUCUUUUCCAACCUGAAUCAUUCCGUGAUUCUAAUUGUCUCUGGCCCACAGGCAUCUUCCACAGCCAAAUGGUGAUGGACUGGAGCACAAAACCAGGAUUUUGGAGGCAGUGGAGUGGAAAUUCCUCUAGAAAAGGUCCUUUCUACCCACUCAGGCACAUGGAUACUCAGCCAGCAUGUACACGUAAAUCCUUUUAUUUUGGCUUUGAUUUUCCUUCAUUUUUCUUCAUCCCUUCACUCAAACAUUGGGGUAAAAAUAAAGACAUUUAACUAAGA